UUUUCCCCCAAGGUCGCUGUGAAAUUAUUAAUUCUUUUUGCUUCAAAUCCAAUUCUUGUUGAACCCGGAGAGAUUCAGAAUUCCCCAGUCGUUCACACCAAGUCUGGGCCAGUUAUCGGCAAGAUUGAAGCCCUUCCACACGGUAAAUUGGUGUAUGAGUAUCUUGGUAUCCCUUAUGCAGAGCCUCCAGUUGGCGAGUUAAGGUUUGCAGCUCCAAAGCCUAUCGAACCUUGGUCAGGGAUAAGACAAGCUACAGGGUUUGGAGCAACUUGUGUACAGCCAGCAUUGAAUUACCCUGAUGCCGGUCUUCAUCGCCCAGGGAGUGACGUAGAGGACUGUCUUUUCCUGAAUGUUUUCGUUCCAUCCACAAUUAAACCCGAUGAAAAGACGGCUGUGAUGGUGUUUAUUUAUGGCGGUGGAUUCUCGCAAGGUUCCUCUUCUGCGUACCCUGGUGGAGUCUUGGCCACCUUCAAUGACGUCAUCUUCGUGUCAUUUAAUUACCGGAUAGGAAUACUAGGGUUUUUCAACGUUCCUGGCACUGAUAUCAUAGGAAAUUAUGGGAUGUUGGACCAGGUACUGGUGUUGAAGUGGGUUCAAAAUAACAUCGCAAGUUUUGGCGGCGAUCCAGGCAAAGUGACCAUAUUUGGUGAGAGUGUUGGGGGAAACAGUGUCUCCCUCCAUUUAAUCUCGCCAUUAACCAAAGGUCUCUUUCAAAGAGUCAUCAUACAAAGCGGUCCAGCCUCUUCGCCUUUGUUUUGUGGAAAAGUCACCCAGCCAAAACAGUUGGAACUCUUUGCAAAGGCUAUAAACUGUACCUCCACUUUAGGGUUAAGCUUGGUGGAGUGUGCACGAGGCAAACCAGUUAAAGAAAUUAUCGAAGGACAGGAAGGAGUUUCUCAUGCUAACUAUCAUGGCCCACUCGACAUCCUAGGUCCUGUAGUUGAUAGCCACUUUCUGCCAGAUCUGCCUGAAAAUCUUUUUAAAACCGGAAAAUUUCAUUCAGAUGUUGACGUUAUUACUGGUUUCACUGACAACGAAGGUGCCAUGAUGGCAAUGUUCUUGCCACAACAGGUCCAAAAUGGAACUAGCCUGGACCUCUUGAAAUAUAUUGUGACGAAAGGAUUACUUUAUGCUCGGGAAAGGAGUGAACUGAUAGAGGACUUUAUUUUAUACGAGUAUAUUCACCAUGCUGACCCAGAGGACCAGGUUGCCCAUCGACAAUCAUUGGUGGAUGUUAUUGGUGAUGCAUAUUUUGUAGCCCCUGCCUUACUUGAAGCCAAAGCUUUAGCAAAGGGAGGAAGGCCGCCAUUUGUAUACGUGUUCGAUUACCUGGCAGUCCACUCACCUUUGCCUGAGUGGUUUGGAGCUGUGCAUGGCAUGGAUGUCCCUUUUGUGUUUGGUGCACCUUUUCAGAGCUUGUCCGAGCCAAUCAUUAAUAAGCUGGUAUCAAGAUUUUCUGACAUAGAAAAAGGAUUGAGCUUGUACGUAAUGAAAAUGUGGACGGACUUUGCCAAAUAUGGGUCCCCAACGCCCCCCGAGUCAGGUUCCUCAGCAGUCACUUGGCCUAAAUUUACAGAACAAGAUCAGGAAUAUCUUGUUAUUGGCUUGAAACCACAGACUAAACGCAGAUACAGGGCGAGAAAGGUGGAAUUUUGGAACGAAAUUGUUCCUAAACUAGCGGAGUUAUCGCAGAUGCAGAAGAAGGAAGUUGAAACGCAAACAUCAAAAGAUGAGCUAUAAACGAUUACAAAAACAGAGCAUUUUUACCACAGAAUUGUGAACUUCUAAAAACUCCUUACAUCGAUGUUCUUUUUCUUAAGAAAGUGACAGUCGCUUUUUU